UAUUUAAGACAGAACGAUAGUCCACUCAGAAAUAGAUUUAGUACAGUCAGUCAACAGAAACAGCAAACCAAUUUGGAAACACAAACACUGAAUCGUCCCUUUGGAGUAAAGCUUCAAGUAACUUAAGUAUAAUGGGGGUAGCCAAGCCAAGCCACGCGUCGAGCCGUCAUAUAACAUUGAACAGAGCACAACCCACCGCCUGUGGAAGCUCCUCCUUUAAAAAAUCUACACAUUAGUAUUAUCUCUUUCCAACACAAACCCCAAACAUAAAGUCCUCCUUUCCUUCGCUGCUUCCAGAAUAUUUCUCUUUCUCUCAGCCCCAACAAAAAUGCCAUCCGAAUCCGGCGAUAAGCGUCCAGCCCGAUCACAGCUACAACCUCCAAAGUUGGCUGAGCCACUUCCUUGCCCUAGGUGCAGCUCCACCAACACCAAGUUCUGCUACUACAACAACUAUAAUCUUUCUCAGCCUCGUCAUUUCUGCAAGGGUUGUCGCCGCUACUGGACCCACGGCGGAACACUUCGUAACGUCCCUGUUGGUGGUGGUACCCGCAAAAACUCCAAGCGCUCUCGCCCUUCCACUUGCUCUACAUCCACUUCCUCUUCUUCCACCAAUACCUCUACUUCUACGUUAUCCACUCUGACCCAUGAGCCCGACUCCUUACCCGUUACUACUAAUCCUGACUCGGCGUUGCCUCAUGUCCUGAAAAGUGAGAACUCGGAUAAUCUAAAUCUGAAUGAGAACCUCCCGCUCCCUGUAAAUGAAAAUGGAAACUUUAUUUCGCUGCUUAACUCGCAGCAGGGACCAGGGUUCAUGGGGAUGGUAGGGUACGGAGCGGGUUUUGGAUACGGGUUAUGUGAAGUAGGAGUUGGUUUUGGAGGAAGAGGGAAUUGGUCUUAUCCUGGAAUGGGUUAUGUGAAUGGAGGUAAUGGCGGUGGUAUGGAAGGAGGUAAUCCUGGGUGCAACACGUGGCAGGUGAGUGAUGUUGAAGGAGGUGGGUUGGUGGAUGGAGAAUGCUUUUGUUGGCCUGGUUUGGCAAUUUCCACAGCAGGAAAGAGUUUGAAGUGAUUGGGUUUUUUUUUUUCCAUUUCGAGGGAAAGGAGUUCGACGAAAGCUUUUUCUGUUUUUUGUAUGUCGUCUUUAGCUUUAAUUGCAGGUUCUAUGUCAGUUUCGGUUGUCGUUUUCUUUUGGGUUGGUAUAGAUAGGAAUAUAGAAUAGAAUAUGACUCGGAUCAAAAUUUUCGGGUGGAUUAGUGCUUUCUGUGUCUUUUUUUAGGGUUUUGCUGCUCUGAUGGCUCUGUAAAGCUUUUGGGUUUUUGCUUGAACACACCUGUGGCAAUGGAAGAAGAAAGAAAGAAAAAAGAUUAAAUUUUAUUCUUUUAUUUUUUUA